UGUUGUUUUUAAGUAGUCACACCAUGGUGGCUAGUGCUUGCUUCUAGUUUUAUUGUAGGACUACAGCAAUCUUGAUCAUAGACCACAUAAAGACUAUUUAUCAUUAUAAACAUUUUUUUAAUGGGUUUAGCAAGGGUAUAGGUCUGCAUUUGUUUCAGGAUGCUGACUAUGAUACGCUGACACUCUCUCAUUUUACUGUCUUUUGUAGAUGAAUCAUAAGACUCAUUUGAUUGAAGUAAAGUGCCAUAGUAUAUUACUCUUUAAAGGGAAAUUAUGAAUGGGAAGUGUGUAUGGUUUUGAUAAAAAAAAUUGCUUUUUUAUGUGUGUGAUGGCGUUUGGGUAUAAGGACGGAGCUUAUGUCCUGUUUGUCUUUUAGUCUGUUGCACUCUUUGUUAGGCUAAUUAGGUAUUAUUCAAGGAAAACAUUGCUGCUAGUUUCUACGCGUUUUAUUUUGUAUUUUUCUGCGUGCAUUUCCUGUCCUGACAGUGAAGCUUGCCUGGGAGAGCCUGGGGACUGAGGGGGAUAGCAUCGGGCAUCAAUGACAGAGUUUUUCUCUUGUCUCACAUUACAACCUACAAACAUAAACAUAUCGCUCUAUUGCUCCGAGGCGAGUCACACCUAUUAUUGACAAGAGAAAGGUAACCCCAGUAUAUUAAAGAAAAAUACCUGGACACAGAAAAUCCGCAUAGUUAAUGACAUUGAAAACUCUUUGGGGGCAAACCCGAACAGGUAAGUUGACACCGCCAGCAAAAUGCACACACAGUACCUGUUAUUAAUAUUGAUAAUCAGUUUCAGGUGAACCAGUCUAGUUUAUUUACUUUUAUUCUACUGCGUGCACUCAUGCCACAGGGGAAAACUACACCCUCUAUUCACUGCUGCGUCAUAUUGACACAUUACACUAAUGAUGAUGUGAAAAUAAAUAAAUAAAUAAAAAAUAAAAAGCAAAGCACACAGCAUUGAUACGUAGGCUGGAAUUAAGUGUUUUGCUUCUGUGACCCCCUUAUCUUGAACUAAAUACAAAAGACCAAAAGGUAAUACAGAGAGGGUGAGUAAACAAAGAGCGAGAAACAAGAGAAAGAAAAGGGAGGGAGAUAGGUGACAUGAGUGAGGAGGGUGGAAGAGUUGCCAGCUGUCUGACCAAUCGGCGCACAAAGAGGUUUAAACCCUCAGUACCUGCAGUCUUUAUAAUCUCCUGUUGCAGACAGAGUGUCAGUCCAGUCUGCGUCUUCUGCUCGUAUUCUGGUAACGUAGGACAUUCGCUUUUAGUCCCACACAGCUGAAGAACUGCAAACAUGAGUCACUCCCGGACUCUCAGAGUAGAUUACGGCAAGACUGCAAGCGUUGUAUACGUGGUCGGCACGGAGCUGAAUGUCAACCUGAGCAGGAGUGCCCCUCCGAACUCCGAGUUCUUCUCUGUGAAGGGCUCCCCCAAUGUUCAUUACAGUAUCAGCCCGCCAUGCCCAGAGACGUGCCACCUCUCUCCCACGCCUCUCACCGGAAAUUCAGUACUGCUCAUCAGCAUGAGCUCUGCCAGUCAAUAUGAAAAUGAUAGCAAGUUGUCUCUCUGGUACUAUGACGAGAAUAAAGAGAAGUUAGGGCAUGCACUCCUGCACCUGACAGCUGUUGAGAUCUCUCUGGACGUGGAUGCUGACAGGGAUGGUGUUGUGGAGAAGAACAACCCUAAUAAGGGAUCCUGGAAAUGGGGUCCUGAUGGUCAUGGAGCCAUCCUACUGGUGAACUGUGACACAGAGCGGACUUACUGGAAGAAACCCGACACUGAGCAGAACUUCAUCUCGAAAUCGUCAGAUUUGAAGGACAUGUCUCACAUGGUGCUGCGGACCAGAGGCCCUGCCAAGCUCCCAGAGGGCUACAAGCUCACCAUGCACAUCUCUCAGGGUGACGCAGAGAGGAUCAGAGUCUACAGAUUUGAAAAAGAAGAAAAGAAAAACUUAAUUAAAUACUUGUUAAGUACAAUGGAAGACUAUGCACUGUUCCUAAAUGCGGAAGUCUUGUCCAAUGACGUGCCUUACCUCGGCGGCGCAGCAGAGAUGAGCUUUUAUGUGGAGGGCCUUAGGUUUCCUGACAACGACUUCAAUGGACUCAUCAGCAUCAACCUCAGUCUGUUGGAGCCCAUCACUGCAGGUAUCCCAGAGACACCUAUUUUCACAGACAAAGUCGUGUUCAGAGUGGCACCAUGGAUCAUGACACCCAACACCCUCCAGCCUAUUGAGGUGUUUGUGUGCAGCACAUCUGAUAACUACAAGUUCCUCAAAGGAAUGAGGAACCUUGUUGCACAGAGUGGGUACAAGCUAAAGAUUUGCCAUGAGUAUAUGAACAGAGGAGAUCGCUGGAUGCAGGAUGAGCUGGAGUUUGGCUACAUUGACUCACCUCAUCAACGCUUUCCUGUUGUUCUGGAUUCUCCUCGAGAUAGAGGACUCGAUGACUUCCCAUAUAAUGUACUAUUGGGCCCUGACUUUGGCUAUGUGACAAGGGUGGCUGAGAGAAAAGAUGUGAGCAGUCUGGAUUCAUUCGGUAAUCUGGAGGUUAGUCCUCCUGUCACUGUGAAUGGAAGAAACUACCCACUGGGCAGAAUCCUCAUUGGUGUGGCCUUUCCUACGGCAACUAAAGGACGGAACAUGACCAAAGUAGUUCAGGACUUCUUGUGGGCUCAGAAAGUUCAGGAGCCCGUUGCCUUAUUUUCUGACUGGCUCCUUGUCGGCCACAUUGAUGAAUUCAUGACUUUUGUUCCUGCACCUGACAGAAAGGGCUUCCGGCUGCUACUGGCCAGCCCAGACGCAGCUUACAAACUAUUCAAAGGCUUACAGAAAGAUGGACAUGGACAAGCCAAAAUGUUUGAUGGUCUGAAAAAUGAAGAGCAAAUUACAGUGGAUGAGAUACUCAGCGAUGACAAUCUCCAAGCUCAAAAUAACUACGUGCAGAGCUGCAUCGACUGGAACAGGGAUGUACUGAAGAAAGAGCUGGGCCUGGAUGAUGAGGACAUCAUCGACGUGCCAGUCCUCUUCAACUUAGUGGCAGAAGGGGAAGAUGUGGAGGAAUACAGAGCAUUGGCGUAUUAUCCUGACAUGGUGAACAUGAUUGUCUUGGGGAAAAACCUCGGCAUCCCGAAGCCCUUUGGCCCCAAGGUGAAUGGACGCUGUGUCCUGGAGGCUGAGAUGUGCUCGCUGUUGGAGGGCCUGGGCCUCAGCUGCACAUUCAUCGAUGACUUUGCCUCCUACCACAAACAGCUGGGAGAGGUGCACUGUGGCUCCAACGUCCGCAGGGAAGUGUUUGACUUCAAAUGGUGGAACCUGGAGAUGUGAACGAAAAUUCAACAGUGAAUGGAGAUGGCAUAGAGAGGAA